CCCCUUCCUGCCUACGUAGCUACGUCGUAGUGGUACGCGCUGGAGCAGGGUGUGAAGAUGGCGGACGAGGAGGCCGAGCAGGACCGCAGUCCUGGGAACGGUAUCAGAGAAACUAUCGGGGAGCUCGGGCAACGCCUGCGAGAGCUGCGGGAAGUCGUGGUCCGAGAAAGCGGCGACUCUCCGACCCAAUCGUCCUCGGAGUACUGCCAGGAGUUCUGCCGGACUCUGCUGGAGUACGCCGGCCGGUGGAGGACGGAGGAAGAGCCGUUAGCGCUGGUGGAGGUGUACAUGGUAGCGCUGCUGAGCUACGCCCAGGCCUCCCCGUACCUCUCGCUGCAGUGCGACAACGUCCCCGUCGUGGUGGAGCGGCUCUCGCUGAGUUUUGUGGAGCUUUUGCUCUCUCUGAAGACGGAUGUUCCGGAUGGCUUGUGGAAAGAAUUCAAGUCGUGCGUGCAGUUUGCUCGCAGUGCGCUGCAGGAGCAUGGCAUCACCCAGCUGGCCCAGCUCGACGCUCUGUGCCGGUAUGACGGCGUGUGGACCGACGCGGUCCUGCAAGGCGUCCUGUCCAACCAGAACCUUCCGACGCAACAAGUCGAGGAGUUCCUGGUGCAGGAGGGGCUGGUGCUGUUGGAAAUGAGAGUGAGGCAGAUGAUGAAGGAGAACCAGCUGGGGAGGGCUGCGCCGCUGGCCAAGGUGUGCGCCGAGUGUCGCGCCUUCCAGGGGAAGGGCCUCUUCAAGCAGAUGCAUCUGGUGUGCCUGUGUGGGACCUCUGAACAGGACCAGCUGAUGGACGAGCUUUCCAAGGAGGACUGCCGCGACGUCUUGGAGAUGAUCUGCAACCUGGAGUCGGACGGAGACGAGAGGGCGGCGUUCAGCUUGUGCUCGGCCUUCCUCACGCGGCAGCUUCUCCAGGGAGACACGUACUGUGCAUGGGAGCUCACUCUGUUCUGGAGCAAGCUGCUGAAGAGGCUGGAGCCGUCGGAGGCAGCCUUCCUCGCCAGAUGUCGCCAGAUGUCUCUGCUCUCUAAAACCGUGUAUCACAUCCUGUUCCUCAUCAAGGUCAUCCAAUCAGAGAUCGACAGCGACGGACUGCCGGUGUGCGUUGAAAUGUGCGUGCGGGCUCUGCGGAUGGAGUCGGGCGACGGGACCACCAAGGCCACCGUGUGUAAGACCAUCUCCUGCCUGCUGCCCACCGACCUGGAGGUGCAGCGAGCCUGCCAGCUGACGGAGUUCCUCCUGGAGCCCACGGUGGACUCCUACUACGCCGUGGAGACUCUGUACAACCAACCGGAUCAGAAGGUGGAGGAGGAGAACAUGCCCGUUCCCAACUCGCUCCGCUGCGAGCUGCUGCUGGUGUUUAAAACCCAGUGGCCUUUCGACCCGGAGUUCUGGGACUGGAAGACGCUGAAGCGCCAUUGUCUGGCGCUGAUGGGCGAGGAGGCCUCGAUAGUGUCCUCCAUCGACCUGCUGAACGACACCGAGGACCCCGAGGAAGAGGAGGACCUCCUCAGCCAGGAGGCGCUGAGGAUUCCGGACCACCUCCUCGGUGGCACCUACGAGCUGGACGACAUAACCGACAGGAGAAGGAAAAACCGGGAGAUGAAGAAGCUGAGAGAGAAAGGCUUCAUAUCCGCUCGCUUCCGUAACUGGCAGGCGUACAUGCAGUACUGCGUGCUCUGCGACAAGGAGUUCCUGGGCCACCGGAUCGUGCGCCACGCCCAGACUCACCUGAGCGCCGGCGUGUACAGCUGCCCGAUAUGCACGCAGUCCUUCGCCUCAAAAGACACGCUGCUCCCGCACGUGACGUCGCACGUCAAACAGUCCUGCAAAGAGCGGCUGAGCGCCAUAAAAACCAACAAGAAGCUGGCCCACCCCAAAACGGCGGCGCCCGUCAUGGCGGCGCUAAAGUCCCAGACUGUUAACAAAGUUCAGGCGAACGUGGCCUCCGGGGAUCAGAACGGGGGCUCGGGUCGGAGAGCUCCAGCCAAGGCGUCCCGGCGCAAAGCGGACGACGGCGACGACAACGUGUGCCCGGUUGGCAAGUGCAGAAGGAGCUUCAAGUUUUUCAAAAAUUUGCUGGCGCACGUUAGAGCUCACGGGGACAACGAUGAGGCCAAGUCCUUCCUGGAGAUGCAGAGCAAGAAGGUGGUCUGCCAGUACUGCCGCCGGCACUUCAUCAACGUCACCCACCUGAACGAUCACCUGCAGGUCCACUGCGGCGCAAGGCCCUACAUAUGCAUUCAGCUGAACUGCAAGGCCAGCUUCCUGUCCAACACGGAGCUCUUCCUGCACAGGAAGACGCACGCGCUCUUCAAGACCAGGUGCAUGUUCCCCAGCUGCGGCAAGAUCUUCAACGAGGCCUUCAAGCUCUACGACCACGAGGCGCAGCACUACAAGACGUUCACCUGCAGCGCUGUGGAUUGUGGGAAAGUUUUCCAUUCCCAACACCAGCUGGACUUGCACCAGAAAGGUCACUACCGCCAGGCCGAGGAGAGCCCGUCGGCUGAAGAGGACACGCAGCCCGGCCCCUCCCUCAUCCAGCAGAUGCUCUCCGAUCACUGCCCCGUCAAACGAGAGCGUUCCCAAGCAGGCCGGGAACCCGAGAGCGCUGGCGGUCCGAGCAAUGAAAGGCUGCCGGCGUCCGCCGAGAACUCGCUGAGAUCCUCCCCCCCGGCGGGGGAGACCCCGGGACUGUGGCGAGUCAAACAGGAAAGUGACAGCACGCUUUGCUCCACCACCGGUCGGACGCACGGUUUGAAUCAUCCUUUCAUUCGUCCCGCGAGUUCCCACUUCAACGACCCAAACGGCCCCACUUCCUUUAAUCACGCGAGCCCCCCCCUACGGAAUCAACCAGUACCUCCCUCUGACGCGGAUUUAGGUAACGUGUCACGCAGCCGUAAUGCCGGCGUCCUGCACGGCCAGCCCCAGAUGUUCCCCGGUAGUUUGAACCCCUGCUCGACGAGCUACAGCUCCGACUGCAACCUGCUGUUGCCGGGGCAACAAGGGCCAUUGCGUAGAACAAGCAGCAGCAGCAGCCCGAUGACAUCGUCCCAGAAGUCCAUAGAGCCGGCGCAGCCGCUUCCCCCAACGGUCUCCCCUCAGCCGCUAACGGGGAACCGGUCGGAGAAGUCAGGGGCGCUGAACGCCGGCCCCCCGCCGGGCCACCGGGAGCGCUUCCACUGUCCGUUUGAGACGUGCACGCGGCACUACAGCUCCCACAGGAGCGUGGUCAAGCACAUGAGAACGAUCCACGUGGACUUCUAUGAACAAUGGAAAGUCAAUCGGGUUAAAUUCCGCAUAAGCUACGCCCCGGCGCCGACCGCCCCGGCGCCGUCCGCGGGGCCGCUCGCGCCGACCACCCCGGCUCAGAGCCAGCCGGCCGCUGCGGCGCCAGUACACGUUGUCCAGAGGAAGAACGUCAUCCAGUCCCCUCCUUAUAUUAAUAUGGGUGUGAGGUUAAACUGUUCGGCCCUCCAUUCCAAUUCCCCGUGUCCCCACAAACAGACCGCGUCCCUCCUGAUGGAAAAGGUUUUGAAUCCCAUCGUCCUCUCGCAGCUGGGAAAACACACGGCCGCGGGGAAGACGCAGUCCCACGGCUCCGCCGCUCCAAGUCGUCUCUCGGCUCCGGGAAGCGAGCCAAUUAAAAACUGUGGCUCUUCCCAAAUCUUUCCUUCCGGGAUGCAAGUGGUCUCCAGCGGUGCCCCGCCGCCACUCGGUGUCCCAUCUUGCUCUGUGAUUGGCUCAGCUGUGAACACCGCGUCGCAGGGCCUGCAGUCGCCGAUUAAGGAAACAGGAUCCCGGCCGGUUUUGUCGUCUAAGUACAUUUCCAUGGAAACGUCUCAACCAGCACAAAACCACAUUUCCCCUUAUACGUCACCGAUGCAAAGCAGUUUGGUCUCUGCCUCCAGGGCACCAGAAAAAAGCAAAUCAAUGCAAAGCAUUACGCAGUCUAACCUCCCCCCCACACACGGUGUGAGCCAAAACUACAGCCAACCUCGAAAGGGCCCGGCCAUCUCUGCAAACCCCCCUGAAAAACAAAAGAAAGCCAGAAGGAACACGAGGGCCAAAUGGCCGGCUAUUGUGAGGGAUGGCAAGUUUAUAUGUUGCAGGUGUUUCAGACAAUUCGACAGCCCCAACUCCCUCGGGGGCCAUUUAUCCAAAGCGACUUGUAAACAAUUAGAGGAGUCGGAGCUCGGCACCGAGCUGCCGGCGUCCUUCCUCGACCUCCUCAACUCAGAGCAAGCGGUGAACGCGGCUCCGCCGCAGCCCGCCUGCAGUCCGCCCGCCGUUUCCCGGGAGAAGCCUCACCCGUCCGCAACCAACGAAUCGGCAGCGGCAAAAGAUUACCCCUCCCCCAAUUAUUUACAGGAGGACCUGCCCGUGUGUGACAACGGUGAGACCAGUGAGGACAUUCUCAAGCAGAUCAUGGCUGAAUCCAACCUGUCCGAGCUUUUCGUGAACACGCCUGCUCCCCGGUCAUCGUUCCCAAACUCUUGCGUCUCCUUUUUAGCCGGCGAGCGCUUGCAGGCGAGCUCCGUGAUCCAGCACACAGAAAACGUCCAGGUGAAGCCGGAGGGCGCUUCGUGCGGCGCGGCCCUUCACGCGCAGCCCGGCGACUUCUCUGACCCGCUUCUGAAGGAAGGGUGUCGCUCCGUCGCCAGCGCUCUGGCACGAAGUUCAAACCCAGCGGCCCGGGCGGGGCUACCCGAUAGCCGGCCCGGUGCGGCAGCGGGUGGCGAGAGGGCCGAGGCGCAAAGGACGGCGCCCGAGCGCGAUGUCAAUAAGAGACUGCGGGAGCAGAUCCUGGCCGGCCGCUUUCGAAAGACAAAUCGCUCGUGCCAUUCGAGCCACGCCGACCCUCCCGCCAACUCGCGCGCCGCGUCCUUCGGCCCGAUGAGCCCUCCUCCCCCCGCCAACCACGGGCAUCGUCAAAUGUUCCGGGAUUCGCAGAGUCUCGGACCCUCCGAAUACCCUCCGAUCAUCCCGGGGACCGCUGCGGAAGUUGCACAGCUGCUGAGCACCGAGAGCUUCGCCGGUUUCAGAGAGGCCGCCGCCCUGCAGCCCGACGCCCCGGGCCCCGCGCGCCCUCCGCCCAGCGCCGCCGACGACCUCGAGCCCGGCCAGUUAUCCGCCGCCCAGCAACAGUGGAUGGCAGAAAUUCAAAGCGCAUUUGAAAGGCUCGACUUAGUCCGAGAAAUAUCCGAGCGGGAGCCGACACCCGCUGCGCUAAGUGCCGUUCACAAGACCUUCAUUAAGCCGUUCGCCUGCGAGAACUGCGCGUUCAGCUCUGCGUCCAGUGAAGCGCUGUGGAGGCACCUCUCCAAAAACCACAACUACUCCAUCGAGAUGGUGAACGCGGUGAAGAAAAAGUACGGCAUGUACGCUCCUUUCAAGUGUCAGAGAUGCAACAAGCGGUUCACCCGCAACUCCAACCUGCGCGCCCACUACACCUCCGUUCACAAGUUACCGGCCAAAGAGAUCGCCGACCUGGACGUAGUGCGCCGAGAGGCCAACGCUGCCGCCGCCGCCGAUCUCCAAAAGCGCCUGGCGGCUCCGCCGCAAGCCCCGACGUCCGCUUCCCUCCAGGACGCGUCGCAGGCGUUCGCGUCGCUCGCCAACGUGGACGCAACUAAUCCGGAGUUUCCAGGUGACGAUCGCUUCAUGGUCAUCCAGCCCUCGCAGGCCGCUCCCACCCACAACCGAGCGACGAGUCCGCCGGCGCCGGCCCACGCCUCUGGGCUGUUGGCGCCGCAGUGGUCGGAUCAGCAACGCCACGGCGGGACGCAGGUCUGCGGCCAUUCGCCCAAAGUGCCCGCUCCUCUCGCAGGGGCCCCGUCUCCCGACCGGCGAUACGCCGAGGCCCCGUCUCCCGACCGGCGGUCCGCUAUGGCCCCGUCUCCAGAAGAGCCACCUGCCUUUGACGGGCUCGAGGCCGCGGUCAAGCCGAGCGCAGACGUGAUCAGGAAGUCCAAAGAGAAGAAGCCUCACUCCAGGGCGGCCACGAGUCCCUACAGACCGUACCGCUGCGUCCACCAAGGCUGCGUGGCCGCCUUCACCAUCCAGCACAACCUGAUCAUGCACUACCGGGCCGUGCACCAGUCCGCCCUGUCGGCGCUGGAGGUGAACAAAGAGCAGGAGCUGAGCGACUGGCAGGACGUGGACUCCACCACGGACUCCAACGAGGAGGACCCCGAGGCCGAGUUCCCCCCCAUUGCCGAGUUCAGGUGCCAAGUCAAAGACUGCUCCCGGGUUUUCCAAGAGGUUUCCAACCUGCUGCAGCAUUAUCUGCAGCUGCACGGUUUUAGCCUGGAGAAGGUCGGCAGCCUCCUGUCCGCCAUCCAGCUUGGCAAGUUCGCCUGCUGCCAGCCGGGCUGCGCGGCGUCCUUCACCGCCGCCUGGAAGUACAUCGCGCACGUCAAGGAGCAGCACAAAGACAUGAAGCUGGCCAAGCCGGAGCCGUUCAACGGCUCGUUCAAGUGCGAGAUCGAAGGCUGCGACCGCACGUACGCCACAAAGUCCAACAUGCUCAGGCACUUCAUGAAGAAGCACGAGGACCUUUACCGGAGCAAGCUGAAGGGCCCGCCGAUACAAGAGGAGGGGGUCAAACCCAACGCAAAGACUCUGCAUUACCAAAUCACCAAGACAAGCAACGGGAAGGAGAACAUUGAGAGCAACAAGAAGAUCCUCCAGAAGGCCAGCAACAACCGGCGAGUGAGCAAGCUGCAGACCAACCUCUGGACUAAAUACGGAAAGCCCUCCUUGAAGUCGACGGUGGAGGCGUCUUCGCUGUGCACCAACGUGUUCCCCCUGCAGUACCCGUGUAUGAUCAAAGGCUGCGACUCCGUCAUGCGGUCGGAGCGCAGCGUCCUGAAGCACUACGUGGGACACGGCCUGUCGGGGAAGUACCUGGAGCAGCAGAGGAGUCACUUCAUCUUCUGCAAGAAGUUCCCCCGCCAGAAGUGCCGGCCCAUCCGAAGCGACGACUCCAAGUCGGAGAACACCUCCGACAUGUCGGACGGCGAGCUGUCGGCCGAGCCCGGCCUGGAGGGCGGGGUCGGCGCGUACGGCUACUCCAAGCCCGUCCUGCGCAAGAGGGCCUCGGCGCGCUCCCCCGCCACGGUGUUCGAGAGCAAGCUGUCCACGGACGAGAGCUCCAACGGCUCCGUGGUGAUCAAGCGCAAGCGGGGGCGCCCGCGGAAACUCGAGAGGAAGUCGGUGAAGCGCAAGAAGAUGCCGCGCACGACCAAGGUGGAGGUGGCGUACAGCCGGGACGACGAGUCCGACGACUCGUGCCGCGCCGGGAGCGCGCCGCUGGCCUCCUUCAAGCCCAUGGGGUUCGAGAUGUCCUUCCUGAAGUUCCUGGAGCAGUCGAAUAAGUGCGAGCACCCGCUGGCGGCGAAGGUCGGCGAGACGUGGAGGAGGACGUGCGGCCUGAAGGACACCUGCGUCCGCUUUACCAACCGGCAGAACAUGAAGUCCCUGAGCAGGGUGAAGAUCGUGAUAGACGGGGCCUUCUCGGGGGUCACCGACCUCAUGCUGAGACAGCUGCAGGACACGCGGCCCACCGUGGUGCUGUGAACGCGGCGAGAAGAAAAGACUUUUGGUUUUUUUAAAGCGGAACCUCAGGACCAGAAUGAGUAGAACUCUGCUGCAGACUCGUGCCCUACGUGUGAAAUGUUCAACACAUCCAGCUAUUUAAAAAAAAAAUACAAAAAACUUUGAAUUAUGCUGUAUGAUCUGUAGAUUUUUUUCUUUUUUUAAUGACUUAUAGCAUGUUAUUUAUGGACUUAAAAAAGGCUCCUUGGACAUUGUUGAGAUGUUGGUGACUUUUCGGUGUCUUGAUAAUCCCUGUGGGACGCAGAGACGGAUUGUGCUGUUGUGUAGUUUGUGAUUCAAAGGUGUUGAUUAUUGUGCGUUGCUUAUGUCACCCGCUGCCACCAGCAGUCUUGAUAUUAAAUGAUCAGUUUUUUUACAAUCA